AUGGCUCGCAGAAUGUCUUCAGCUAUACCUCAGUUCCAAACAGAAAUACUACCUGUCUCUAAGUCAGCCAUCUACUUUGAUCAAAAUGACAAACUAACAAUAUCAGAUUCAUCAACAAAAUCCAACCUAGAGAAAGCUGCAAAGAUACUAGGUUCUUCUGACCAAGUUGUUGCUUUUCCAACAGAAACCGUUUAUGGACUAGGAGGCUCCUCUUUCAAUGAUGAAUCAAUCAAGAACAUCUACAAGGCCAAGAAUAGACCAGCAGAUAACCCAUUAAUCACACAUAUAUCCUCCAAAUCUCAAAUCAAAUCAUUUUUCAAUAUAGAUAUACCAGAGAUUUACUUACCUUUGAUUGAGAAAUUUUGGCCAGGGCCUUUGACUAUCUUACUACCAAUUGAUCAAUCCAAUACAAGAUUAUCCAAAUUAACAACUGCUAAUCAACCAACUUUUGCUGUUAGAUUACCAUCUCACCCAAUUGCCAGAGCAUUAAUUCAUUUAAGCCAAGUCCCUAUAGCAGCACCAUCUGCAAAUGCUUCAACUAGACCAAGUCCCACAAUGGCAUCACAUGUCUUUCAUGAUUUAAAUGGAAAGAUUCCUUUGAUUUUGGAUGGUGGUCCAUCGAAUGUUGGUGUGGAAUCAACAGUAGUGGAUGGGUUAAGUGAUCCACCAAUGCUAUUAAGACCCGGUGGUGUUAGUCUAGAAGAGAUCGUUAGAGUUGGUGGCCAAAAAUGGGCAAACAUAAGAGUGGCUAAAAGGGUUGCUGAUGAAAAUGAACCUGUAAAGACUCCUGGAAUGAAAUAUAAACAUUAUUCACCCACUGCUAAAGUUAUUCUUGUUGAAAGUGAUGAAUCUAAGAUUGGUAAAUUCAUUGAACAUAAUGGAUUACAACAAAAAAAAAUGGCAUUUUUAACAUGUCAAUCUUUCAAAGGUGAAGAUUUUAAUGGUAUUGUUGAAAACUUGGGUAAAGAAAAGGAGGAAAUCUCUGCAAAUCUAUUCAACUACUUGAGAAAUAUAGAUGAAAUGGGUGUUGAUUUGAUUUUUGUGGAAACCGUUGAUGAAAAAGAUGAAGGUUUAGCAAUUAUGAAUAGACUAAAGAAGGCCGCAUCUGAAACAAUAUAA